AUGAGGGUCUUCAUCGCCUUCGAUGGUUCCUGUGAGCCUUUUGACGUCUCUCCUGACCAGACCGUGGGGAGCGUAAAACUGAUGGUCAAGGAUUACUUCCACGUGCAACUGUCAGACGACAAGCAGGUGAGGCACUUCCUGGAGCUAAGCUAUGCUGGUGCCAUCCUUCGGGACAGCUGGGUCCUGACAGACAUUGGCAUCACCCCUAGCAGUGCCAUCUGCUGCCUGCUGAAGGUUUACUCGGUGUAUAAACACAACAUAGGUAUUUAUGUAAAACAAGUAAAUUUACUGUAUGUCCAUGGUCUUAUACUUCAGCGGGAGCCGGUGGUGCGUGUGUUCAGUGCCGUGACGGGGGAGACCCUCUCAGUCUUGGGCACUGUGUUUCUCCUGAGUACGUCUGUGGCCAGGCUCAUGACCCUGGUGUCCCAGCAGUGUGGGCUUCCCGUCAGCUCCUUCAGACUGAGCUCUCCCACCGGCCUGCAACUCUACGACUGCAACCGGCUGCACGACUACGCCAUUGACCUGGGGGCUACUCUACGGUUGGACACCUGGGAUGGGUGGGCGGAGUUCCUCAGAGGCUGCUUCCUGGGACACAGACUGACCGUCCAACGACACCUGUCUAGGGAGAGACCUGUGAUGAGGUUCCAGCUCCGGGUGGCACUCUACAUCGCUGCUUCUCUGGGCCACCUGGACCUGGCCGGCUGGCUGCUGGAGAGGGGGGUGCGUGUCAUUGAGCCGGUGGGGGUUCACCCUUACCGUGAGUGGUGCCACCAGACGGCCCACCCCGACGUCGCCAAGUGUCCCGCUGUCGCCUCCAUCGAGCGCGGCCAGCUCACCAUCCUCAAACUCUUUAUCGCCAGCAGCGUUCUGACCCUUGCCUGUCGGGAUCCCCAGGGUCGUGACCCCCUGAGGAUCGCCCUCCAGUACGGCCACAGGGAGUGUGUGAGUCACCUGGCCACCAAGCUGUGCUCUGUGGUGGUCCUCCCAGGUAUGGCCCUGCCCAUGCGGACAUACCUCCAGAUAAAGGGCUGGGUGAGGCUGGGGCAGAGGAGGGCAGCAUCCAGGCACUGCAUGGGCCUCAACAGGGCUCCGUUCAGGACCAGGGUGGGCGACACGGUCCUGGUGGACGGCUUCACCCUCCCCAAGAUGUCCUCCAAGCCCAGGAGGAGUGAGGCCAAGGCGGGUAUCAGGGUGAUGUCCACAGCCUCUCGACGUUUGACCAUCAACUGCCCAUCUCAUGUAUCCUGCCCGCUCCGCGCCCUGGCAUCCCAGGAUAAACCUCUUCAACUACCGAAGCUACACCCUGUGGCCACGAGGGAUGAAAGAGAGAAGAAGAGGGGAUGUGGAGGGAAGGGAUGUGAGGAGGAUGAGAGUGGGGAUCAGAACAGCAACCAAUGGAGGAGCAGAGUCCCGCUCCCGCCCAUUUCCAGAGACACCAAUCUCAGACCUGUGUUUGCCUCGCCAAACUCCGCCCAGAUACUCACCACCUCACUGGAGGCCUUUUCUCUCCACUGCGACCGCACACCCAGAGAAAACGCCAUAUACUGUUUGACCUUGGCCAGGACCUGAGCCCUAGGACCAUGCCCCAGGACUACCUGACAUGAUGACUCCUUGCUGUCCCCAGUCCACCUGGCCAUGCUGCUGUUCCAGUUUCAACUGACCUGAGCCCUAGGACCAUGCCCCAGGACUACCUGACAAUGAUGACUUCUUGCUGUCCCCAGUCCACCUGGCCAUGCUGCUGCUCCAGUUUCAGCUUCCACCUGACUGUGCUGCUGCUCCAGUUUCAACUGUUCUGCCUUAUUAUUAUUCGACCAUGCUGGUCAUUUAUGAACAUUUGAACAUCUUGGCCAUGUUCUGUUAUAAUCUCCACCCGGCACAGCCAGAAGAGGACUGGCCACCCCACAUAGCCUGGUUCGUCUCUAGGUUUCUUCCUAGGUUUUGGCCUUUCUAGGGAGUUUUUCCUAGCCACCGUGCUUCUACACCUGCAUUGCUUGCUGUUUGGGAUUUUAGGCUGGGUUUCUGUACAGCACUUUGAGAUAUCAGCUGAUGUACGAAGGGCUAUAUAAAUAAAUUUGAUUUGAUUUUGAUUUGAAUAUGUGGACAUCUAUAAGUACCUAGGUGUCUGGUUAGACUGUAAACUCUCCUUCCAGACUCAUAUCAAACAUCUCCAAUCGAAAAUCAAAUCAAGAGUCGGCUUUCUAUUCCGCAACAAAGCCUCCUUCACUCACGCCGCCAAACUUACCCUAGUAAAACUGACUAUCCUACCGAUCCUCGACUUCGGCGAUGUCAUCUACAAAAUUUCUUCCAACACUCUACUCAGCAAACUGGAUGCAGUUUAUCACAGUGCCAUCCGUUUUGUCACUAAAGCACCUUAUACCACCCACCACUGCGACUUUCCAGCAAAUGUGGAUCUCAAAACAGGAGUACGAAGAGGGCGGGAAGCAGUGCGUAGACAGGAAGUGCCCUUGAUCGACCACCAACAGCAUCUACUGCCUCCAGAACUCACAAUAACAUGUCUAGUUUAACCUUUUACUGUGAGCUCAGGAACACCCAAGGACGGUAGUUCUGUUGAUUUAAAAAAAAAAAAAAAAAAAAAAUUUAAAUGGAUAAUCGAAUCUGCCUUUAUCAUUUUUUGUAGAAAACAUGAACUAUAACGAACCAUGUCACAUAUUCCAUUGCUAUGAAAAGGGUGAAAGGCUGAGUUCCUUUUGACUCCAUCUUCAGUAUGCCAUUUUCAGUUUGUUUAUGGACCUUAUAUUCUGAUCUCAACCUUCUUGACAGGUAAGAAACACUUGGUUAGUGUUUGUGUCUUAUCCAAUGGGUUGUCAGGUGAACGUUGAAGAUGCUUCUUGGAGGUGAUCUAAUGAUGUCAUUGAAUCGCUGUCAUUGAGUUGCUCACUGGACAAGACAAUUAUUCACUGAAAAUGAAAUCUGUCUUUCAUUUCACUUAUGUUGAUACUUGAUUGGCUAUUUGCUGUCUUUUGAAAAUACAAAAAUAAAUAUAACUGUUUUAUGAA